AUGUCAGCUAGCGAAGCUGAUCGUAAGCAUCUUGUUCCACUUCUUGAGUUUAUUGAUUUUUUAAGGAACUUUGGGGCACGUAAUGGGGAUCGCCUUCCCAAACGUAUGAAUGGGCCUUCCCAGUCUUCAGGCUUAUCUUUUCCUGAGCUAAACUUUUUCAUGAAACUCGAUGAAUAUGAAAAGAAAUCACCCCGAAUCGAGACUAACUUUCCUGAUGGAAUUACUCAAUUCACUAAAAUCGAAGCACGAUCAACUUCAACCUCAAUGACUUUCUCAGAUGAUGACGAGAAGGAAGUACCCCCUCCGAAGCGUAUACGCAUUAAAAAGGAAAUAAAUGACUUUGCUUUAAAUAAGCCCUCAAGUCUUUCUAUGGAAUAUGAACUCAUAUCAAGAGGUACACAGAAAGGUGUGUAUUUGUCGAAAUUUGUUGAUUUUGAUCUUUCGCUUUUGGGUUUGAUUCCCCUUAUAAUAGCUGACAAGAUCGACCGAAAGCUAGGAAAGCUAGCUUUAGGGAAAAAAUGCUGUUAUCUAUUAUUGGGAACAUCUCUUAUUGUCACGGGAAUUGUUGUAGACGUAAAUAUUAAAGAAGUAAAAAUGCAGGUUUCACCAGACCAUGGUAUCGAUAAAGAGGUUGACUGGAUAGAUGUAUAUCGUUUAUACGAAAUUCCAGAUAAUCUGGAAUCAGUUCAACGUUCUGUAACAAGUCACAUAAAAAAUAUUAUGGAUAUGGCUAUUACUAAAUCUAUGAAGCAAGAUUAUUGGGAUCCUUCUUAG